CACUAAUUCUAUUUCAUCACGAAUUUGCUUGUGUUGGGUCGUUAAUCAAUUGCUCUGGGUUUUAACUAAUUUUAAAAUACAGUAGACUGUUUUUUACCAUUGCAAACAUGAAGAAAGUAAUAUUUUUAUGUUUAUUGUCAUUAUCGUUCUGCCUGAGUAAACCAGCUGACGACCAAGGAAAACCUACUCAGCCGCAGGCAAAUGCCACUCCAGAUCCCAAAAUUCCAGUUGCAACAGAAAAAUCCCCCGCGAUAACCGGUGUAACAGAACAAAAACCUGCCCAAACCACUACAAGUGAAAAGACCAGUACAACGCAAGCCACACCCGUACCUAAUGAAAAAACCACUGCUCCUCAAACCGCUCCGAGCGAAAACAAAACCAAAAAGGAUAUGGAACCACAGAAAGAAACCGAAAAGAAAGUAGAACCAGCAAAAGAAACUGUGCCUGCGAAACCCGAGCCAGAGACCAAAGCCAGCACAGAGAAACAGGAUGUGACACCAGCUAAACCCGAGGAGAAGACUGAAAAGACCCCUGUUACCUCCACUGAGAAGAGUCCCAUGACUCCCAAACCCACAGGAGCACCUAAAAAGGAUGAAGACAAGCCAACUCUUCAAGCUAGAGGAUUUGAUGGUCCCAGCUUCAUUGGUGGCAUAAUUCUUACCCUCGGUUUACUUGCAAUUGGAUUUAUUGGCUUCAAAUAUUACAAGAAUCACACUGAAAGGAAUUACCACACUCUGUAAGUGUAACGUAAGGUUAAGCUUGUCUGUUGUUAAGGUGCACUAUAUUAUUCCUUAGUUACGUUUCAAAAGGCACAUUAAAUAAAUGAGCCUUAAAUUUUUGUUACAUUAGAAGAUGUGUAUUUUAUUUUUUUUUCUCUGUGCACUAAAUGUUGCCAGUUUGUCUUUAAACAGGGUUGCCCUAGUUUCGUUUCUUAUAAGAUUGAUUUUACCGAAUUAUAAUGGGGACUGGGAAUUUUAAUUAUAUGAAAGCAGCUGAUAUUAUAGUAUAAUUUUGCAUUUUAUUUGUCAGAAAUGUAACUGUUUCCUUUCUUGAAUCUCAAUAUCACUUGCCUAAGACCAAAUAAUGUGAAUUGCAUACAUCCAAUAUUUUAAAAUUUUGAUAAUUUUGUGUAAAUUUGGAAGAUAUCUAAGAUUUUUUGUGAAUUUAUUAGAUGUUAAAGAUAAUAUUGUAAUACUCCAAAUUAUAAACUGUUUUGAAAUGCAUAUUAUAUAAUUGAUGUUAAAAGAUGUGUAUUAAUCUUAGGGAUGGAUUUUUCUUAUUCACCUGUGCCAUGUUCCGAUGAGAUUUUUAUUAACAGUAAACACAUUUGUAUUGUAGAAUCACUUCAUUGUAUGCACGGGAUCCUCAUUUUAUAAAUAGUUGUAAGCAUAUUAUUAAGUGUUGUUGUAAGGUAACGCAAUGUGAUGAUGAAAAGGGUCUAAAAUAGUGAAAUAUUGGUUUGGCACAAUUCAUUCACCUUUGAAUCUCUGUUACCUUCUCGAAUCUCGAUUAAUCACUAUUUGUAAUACUAUAUUUGUACUGCUUUACGUGCUGAACCAAUGUGCGCAUUUUGCUUUUUGUGAUUCUGUAAACUGGGGAAAGUUCAUUCCAUCCUAAAGUGCUCUUAUAAAUCUCAUCUAUUUAUGUGUUAGUGGAGUAUUUACAGGCUUGUAUCCUAUCAAUUAUUCUGCUCUUUUAUUCUUGUCACUCGUGAAUAGUUGUGUUAAUAAAGAUAUAUAUGUGA